AUGGAAGACACACCUCCACGGCGGCCUCCCGUCGCCAUCCUCCUGGUCUUGCUAUUAACAUCCUUACCAUAUUCCGCAGUCGCCGCCCCCGCCUUCACCCCGCCGGACAACUACCUCUUCGACUGCGGAAGCCCCACCCCCACCACCAUCCCCGGUGGAAACCGCGUUUUCGUCGGCGAUUCCGAAGCCGCUAAAUUUUUGGCUUACACUGGCACCGCCAUCGCCGCGGCGUCCCCGCAGCCCGACCCGACAGUGCCCUCGCCGAUCUACAACACCGCUAGCGUGUUCGAGAAAGCCGCGACUUACACGUUUCACGUGACCCGACCCGGAUGGCAUUGGAUCCGCCUCCAUUUUGCCGCCGUCCAGAACAAUGCUGGGAAGGAUCUCAAAACCGCAAAAUUCAAGGUCACCACGGAUCGCCUCGUGUUGAUACAGAGCUUCGAGAACCCGCCGAGUGCCACGUGGAGCAUGAGAGAGUUCCUCGUCAAUGUUACCACAGAGCGGUUUUCAGUUAUGUUCACCCCCGACCCGGGCAGCUUCGCCUACGUCAGCGCCAUUGAGUUCACGUCUGCGCCGGAUCUCUUGCUCGGCAAUAACGCUGCCGCCGUUUUCCCCAAGGGUGAUUAUUCUGGCUUGUCCAGCGUGGCUUAUCAGAUGGCGUACCGGCUCAACGCUGGCGGCCCCCUGAUCACGUCGCAGAACGAUACAUUAGGCCGGAAUUGGGAGCCAGAUCAACCCUACCUCGACCCCAAAUUCAUGGGCUCUGCUGCCUCCGUCCAGCCUAACGUCAUAACGUACCCUGAGGGCGGGUCACCGCUCAUCGCGCCACCCUUGGUUUACGCCACCGCCACCCAGAUGGCGGACGCAAACGUUCAGGUUCCUAAUUUCAACAUUACAUGGAGAAUGAAGGUAGAUAAAUCAUUCCAGUAUUUCAUUCGCCUUCACUUUGCCGACAUCGUGAGCAAGGCCGUGAACGAGCUUUACUUCAAUGUGUAUAUAAAUGGGAGGCCAGCCAUCACCGGUUUGGAUCUGUCGACGGUGGCUGGUGGCCUCAGCGCAGCCUAUUUCGCCGACUUCGUAUUGAACUCAAGCAUGGCCACGGGUCUUGAUCCAUUGACAGUCCAAGUAGGGCCAAUGAGCCAACACGUGGGCACCAAAAAUGCCCUUCUCAAUGGCAUUGAGGUGUUCAAGAUGAACAAUUCCGUAGGCAGUUUGGAUGGAGAGUUUGGCGUCAAUGGUGAAAGACUUAGUGGCGGCGUCAACGGAACAGUUGCCGCUGUGGGGUUUGCUAUGAUGUUCGGCGCGUUCGUCGGAUUAGGUGCGAUGGCGGUGAAGUGGAAGAAGAGGCCUCAAGACUGGCAGGAGAGGAAUAGCUUCUCUUCUUGGUUGCUACCCAUUCACGCUGGAGAUGCGAGCUUUUUAUCUGGCAGCAAAACUUCCUUAGGCUCGAGAAAAAGCCAAGUUUUCUCCACAAACAUGGGUCUAGGCCGAUACUUCUCUUUUGCUGAGUUGCAAGAGGCUACCAAUAACUGGGAAGAUGCAGGCAUCAUCGGUGUUGGUGGCUUCGGAAACGUGUAUAUUGGUACCAUCGACGACGGCCUUAAAGUGGCUGUAAAGCGGGGUAAUCCGCAGUCGGAGCAGGGGAUCAAUGAGUUCCAGACAGAGAUCCAAAUACUUUCGAAACUCAGGCAUCGCCAUCUAGUCUCGUUGAUCGGCUACUGCGAUGAGAACGCUGAGAUGAUCCUAGUCUAUGAGUUCAUGGCUAAUGGACCUCUCAGAGACCAUCUCUACGGCAAGGAUCUCCCCACAUUAUCAUGGAAACAAAGGCUUGAGGUGUGCAUCGGCGCUGCUCGAGGUUUGCAUUAUCUCCACACAGGGGCAGCUCAAGGCAUCAUCCACCGCGACGUCAAAAGCACAAACAUCUUGCUUGAUGAGAACUUGGUCGCAAAGAUGGCCGAUUUCGGCCUCUCCAAGGAUGCCCCAGGGGCUGAGCAAACACACGUCAGCACAGCCGUCAAGGGCAGCUUCGGCUACCUUGACCCCGAGUACUUCCGGAAGCAGCAACUCACAGAUAAGUCUGACGUCUACUCAUUUGGGGUCGUUCUGCUGGAGGCCCUCUGCGUCCGCCCCGCUAUCAACCCUGCAUUGCCCAGGGAGCAAGUGAACCUGGCUGAAUGGGCAAUGCAGUGGAAGAGGAAAGGUCUUCUCGAUAAGAUCAUCGACCCAACGCUGGUGGAUCACAUCAGCCCUGAGUCUUUGGCAAAAUUCGCCGAGGCUGCCGAGAAAUGCCUGGCAGAGUAUGGGGUGGACAGGCCGAGCAUGGGCGAUGUGCUCUGGAAUUUGGAGUACUCGCUCCAAAUGCAGGAGUCCUGGUUGCAGGAACAUGGAGACGUGGAAAAAACCCCGUCUUCACCACACGUGGUUGUCCCUACUAUCGAGAAAGAUGCUCCUGCUUCUGAGCCUGCACCACUUACUGCAGCUGAUAUUGUGCCGCCGUCAAAUAUUGAGGAGGGCAGACCUGAAGGUGAAGCUCAAGCCAUCGAAGAACAUUCUGGAACAGCUAUGUUUGCUCAGUUUGCAGCUCUCAACGGCCGCUAGAUGCCACACCAGAUCCUCUGUUGUCAAAAUGUAUCACUAUGAUUUGAUCACUACAAUGCCCACGUGUAAGUGGAUAUAUCAUAUAUACUUUACAUGAUUUUCUGUAAGCUGGUUGUAACAUUAUUGUUAAUAUUAUUGUUAUAAAUCAAUAUUGUUAGGUGGGGAA